CCACUGCACUCUGCAACCACCGUUCUUCAAUUUCAAAGUUCAAACACACUCAUUUUUUCACAAAAUUUUUCUCUCUUUCUUUAAUUCUCUGACUGGCCCACGCAGCUAUCGUCAAAGUCAAGAAAGAAUAACAAACACAAAGGGCCAAAGGAACCAAACUUCCCCACAGCACUUUCUCUGACACCCAAGCAGAGAAAUCACGGUCCCACUUCACGCGCCUCAAAAAGUUUCGAACUUGCGCCACCACAUAUCAAGAUCCUUUCAAUUUCUUAUCUGGGUCACCGGCAAAUGUCCGGAAAGAGACACCACCAGAGCGCCAUGCCGGUGCACCCAAUUCAGGAACUUCCCGGAGCUCCGUUUGGCGACCCGGCUCCGUAUUUUUCAGAAUCGGAGCUCCGGGAGACGGCGUACGAGAUCCUAGUCGCGGCGUGCCGGAGUUCGGGGCCGAAGCCGCUGACGUUCAUAUCGCAGUCGGAGAGGGGGGAUCGCGAUAGGGCGGCGCCGGCGCCGUCGUUGCAUCGGUCGCUGACUUCGACGGCGGCGAGCAAGGUGAAGAGGGCUCUGGGGCUGAAAACGUCGUCGUCGAAGGGGAGCAAGCGCGCGGGGACGACGGGGGAGUUGGUGAGAGUGCAGAUGAAGAUUUCUGAGCAGAGUGAUACCAGAAUUAGAAGAGCACUUCUCAGAAUUGCUGCAGGCCAGCUUGGAAGACGCAUGGAGACAGUUGUUCUUCCUUUGGAGUUAAUCCAGCUGUUUAGGAGUUCUGAUAUUCCCAGUCAACAAGAGUAUGAGGUUUGGCUGAGGAGACAUUUGAAGGUUCUUGAGGUGGGACUUCUCUUGCAUCCGUAUCUUCCCUUAGAUAAAUCAGAUCCCUCUGCACAGACCCUCCGGAACAUAAUCCAUGGAGCACUUGAGAAAUCCAUGGAUAUUGGAAAGAACGGUGAAUCAAUACAAACCUUUCGGACUGCUGUAUUGUCUCUUGCUUGCAGAUCACCUAGUGGAUCUAUUUCUGAGACAUGCCACUGGGCUGAUGGUUCUCCACUGAACCUUUGGAUCUACCAAACUCUUUUGGAAGCAUGUUUUGAUCUUCAUGCAGAAUCUUCUGUGAUAGAAGAGGUUGAUGAGGUCUUAGAACUCGUUAAGAAGACCUGGGUUAUGCUUGGAAUUAAUGAGACGCUGCAUAACAUUUGUUUCUCAUGGGUCUUGUUUCAUAGGUAUGUUGUCACUGGCCAAGUGGAGAAUGAUCUUCUGUUUGCAUCUAGUAAUUUAUUGGAAGAAGUUGGGAAAGAUAGUGGAUGCUCAAAAGAUCCUCUUUGUUCAAAAAUUUUGAGAAACACAUUGAGUUUGAUAUUAAGUUGGGCAGAGAAAAGGCUCCUUGCAUACCAUGAUACUUUCGAUGAUGGUAAUAUUGAAUCAAUGGAAAGUGUAGUUUCACUUGCAGUAUUAUCAGCAAAGAUAUUAGAAGAUUUCUCUCAUGACUACAAUCGGAAGAAGAAGAAAGAAGAUGAUGUAGAAUACACUAGAGUUGAUAAUUAUAUUAGAUCAUCUUUGCAUGCUGUUUUCAUUCAGAAAUUGGAGAAACUGGACCCUAACAAGAAUCCAUCAAGAAAACAGAAUAAAGUCUUUCCCAUUCUUUCUAUCCUUGCUCGAGAUAUUACCGAACUGGCUUAUAAUGAGAAAGCAAUAUUUAGCCCCAAACUAAAGAGAUGGCAUCCUCACGCUGCUGGUGUUGCCAUUGCAACCCUUCAUGUGUGUUAUGGAAAUGAGUUGAAGAAGUAUGUUAAGGGUAUUAGCGAGUUGACACCUGAUGCAAUAGAAGUGCUGAUGGCUGCCGACAAAUUGGAGAAAGAUCUGGUGCAGAUAGCAGUGGCCGAUUCUGUUGACAGUGAAGAUGGUGGAAAAUCCAUUAUAAGGGAAAUGCAACCUUAUGAAGCUGAAGCUGUAAUUGCUACUCUGGUAAAGUCAUGGAUAAAGAUCAGAGUAGAUAGAUUGGGGGAAUGGGUUGACAGAAAUCUCCGACAAGAGGUAUGGAAUCCACAGGCAAAUAAAGAGGGUUUUGCACCUUCUGCUGUUGAAGUUCUACGAAUAAUAGAUGAUACUCUGGAGGCUUUCUUUCUGUUGCCUAUACCCAUGCAUGCUGAUCUGCUUCCUGAUUUGAUGUCUGGUCUUGACAAGUCCCUCCAACAGUAUAUUUUGGAAGCCAAAUCUGGCUGCGGGAGCCCUAGUAGCUUCAUUCCAACAUUGCCUGAACUGACUAGGUGUUCAACAAAAUCAAAAUUCAAUGGUGUAUUCAGGAAGAAAGAAAGGUCACAAGUGGCUCAGAGGAGGAAAGCACAUGUUGGAACCACUAAUGGAAACAGCUCAAUUGAUAUAGCCCAGAUGUCUGUUCGCAUCAAUACCAUGCAGCGCAUUCGAAUGGAGUUAGGGGUUUUGGAGAAGAGGAUAGUUGCCAAUCUCAGCAGUUCUAAAUCUGCUACAGACGAUAUAGCAAAUGGGGCGAGCUUGAAGUUCAAGCUUUCUGCAUCUGCUGCUGUGGAAGGCAUUCAUCAACUCUGCGAAUGUAUAGCAUACAAAAUCGUUUUCCAUGAUCUGAGUCACGUUCUCUGGGAUGGGCUAUAUGUUGGACAAGUUGCAUCCGCCAGGAUUGAGCUUUAUCUUCAGGAGCUUGAGCAAUACCUGGAGAUCAUAUCAUCUACAGUGCAUGAUAAAGUUAGAACUCGUGUAAUUGUUGAAGUAAUGCGGGCUUCUUUUGAUGGGUUCUUAUUGGUUUUGUUAGCUGGAGGUCCAUCGCGCGCAUUCUCUCUGCAAGAUUCUGCCAUUAUAGAGGAAGAUUUCAAGUUUCUUACUGGCUUGUUCUGGUCUAAUGGAGACGGAUUGCCAACAGAUUUGAUAGAAAAACAUUCUACCACUGUGAGAGGUGUGCUUCCCUUGUUUUCUGCAGAUACUGAGCAUAUAAUUCAGCAAUUCAGUCAGCUUACGAUGGAAAUGUAUGGUUCUAGAGCCAAGUCCAGGCUUCCAUUGCCUCCAACAGCUGAGCAAUGGAGCCCCACAGAACCAAACACUCUUUUGCGAGUAUUGUGUAACAGGAAUGAUGAAGCAGCUGCUAAGUUCCUUAAGAAGAAUUACAACUUGCCCACGAAGGUUUGAUUUGAGUCUAACAAUUGACAAGUAACCACUCUGAUAUUCCACGCCUUCCACCCAUUAUAGAUUUUUAGAUCCAUUUUUGUGUUGUGAAACACUGUUUGGUUUUUUUGAGGAUACGAUUUGAAGUAAAGGUGGGUGCAACUGUGCGUUAUACUCUUUUACUGAUCAAACUCUAGGAAAUAUGGUGCCGUAUCGUCAAUAAUGCUCAGAAGUAUACGUUGUACAGGUGUGAUUCUUGGAUUUGCUAAUUUGUUGGCUUAUUUUCAGUUCUUGUCCGAAGAAAUUACUGGCGGCAUUGUAAUACAGAGAAGUAUUUAUAGUUACUUACAGUUUGUUUUAUUAUUUUGAAUUGAAUGGUUCAUUUAUUUGUGCAACGAUGUAAUCUCCUCCCCUUGGCUCCUCCCAACAAACUAUGAGCUUGUUCUUCGUAAAUUAAACAAAUUAUUUAUUUGUGUGACUU